AUUAAGUCAACAAAAAAAAAAGAAAAGGUGGAACACUGAACUUCAUUUUGUCCACAGUGUCAAAAACGUCAAAGGUUUGCAUCUUUCUUCUCAAAGUCCCAUUUUGUACAAGUACAGCAAGGUCAAAAUGGGUAGGCGACCAGCUAGAUGCUAUCGGUACUGCAAAAACAAGCCGUACCCCAAAUCUCGGUUCUGCAGAGGUGUGCCAGAUCCUAAAAUCCGUAUUUUCGAUUUGGGUAAAAAGAAGGCAGGAGUUGAGGACUUUCCACUAUGCGUUCAUUUAGUUUCUGACGAAUAUGAACAGCUCAGUUCUGAAGCCCUUGAGGCAGGACGUAUCUGUUGUAACAAAUAUCUGGUAAAACAUUGUGGUAAAGAUCAGUUCCAUAUCCGUAUGAGGCUCCAUCCAUUCCAUGUUAUCAGAAUCAACAAGAUGUUGUCCUGUGCCGGAGCUGAUAGGCUCCAAACUGGAAUGAGAGGUGCCUUUGGUAAACCACAAGGAACCGUAGCCAGAGUACGUAUUGGACAACCAAUCAUGAGUGUCCGAUCAUCAGAAAGAUUCAAGGCCCAAGUAAUUGAAGCUUUGAGGCGUGCCAAGUUCAAGUUCCCCGGUCGUCAAAAAAUCUAUGUCUCUAAAAAGUGGGGAUUCACUAAAUACGAGAAGGAUCAAUAUGAACAGUUGAAGAAUGAAGGAAGGUUGCAACCUGAUGGUAGCAAUGUUAAAUAUAGGCCAGAACAUGGACCUUUGAAUGCUUGGAAAAAGGUUCAAGAUCAACUCCAUAUGGAAAGUUGAACUUGUUAGAUUAACCUGAAUAAAUCUUUUGAUUUACA